UCUCUCUCUCUCUCUCUCUCUCUCUCUCUCUGCAGGUUAGCGCUGUACGUGUAUGAGUAUUUGCUACACGUAGGAGCUCAGAAGUCGGCACAGACGUUCCUGUCAGAGAUAAGAUGGGAGAAGAACAUCACGUUAGGGGAGCCCCCUGGAUUCUUACACUCAUGGUGGUGUGUGUUCUGGGAUCUGUAUUGUGCGGCACCUGAGAGAAGAGAGACAUGUGAGCACUCCAGCGAAGCCAAGGCUUUCCAUGACUACAGUGCUGCUGCCGCCCCAAGCCCCAUCCUUGGAAACAUGCCUCCAGGAGAGGGGAUGCCAGUGGGGCCAGUCCCUCCAGGCUUCUUUCAGCCCUUCAUGUCACCACGCUACCCAGGUGGUCCCAGACCUCCUCUCAGAAUACCCAAUCAGGCACUAGGAGGUGUCCCUGGCAACCAGGGCUUACUACCCAGUGGGAUGGAUCCAACACGGCAACAAGGCCACCCAAGCAUGGUGGGUGGAAUGCAGAGGAUGACAGCGCCCAGGGGGAUGGUGCCUCUCGGGCCGCAGGGUUAUGGUGGAGGGAUGAGGCCUCCGCUGAAUGCCUUAGGUGGUCCAGGGAUGCCGGGGAUGAACAUGGGUCCCGGAGGAAGACCAUGGCCAAACCCACCUAACGCUAACUCUAUCCCCUACUCCUCGGCAUCUCCGGGGAGCUAUGUGGGUCCCCCAGGAGGUGGAGGCCCCCCAGGAACCCCUAUAAUGCCAAGCCCAGCAGACUCCACCAACUCCGGCGAGAACAUGUACACCAUGAUAAAUGCAGUUCCACCGGGAGGAAGCCGGCAAAACGUCCCCAUGGGCCCAGGAGGAGACGGUCCGAUGGGAGGGAUGGCCGGUAUGGAGCCCCACCACAUGAACGGAUCACUAGGCUCAGCUGAUAUGGACAGCAUCCCGAAGAAUUCCCCAGGCAACCUCAGCAUGAGUAACCAACCUGGCACCCCGAGAGACGACGGCGAGAUGGGAGGCAGCUUCCUCAACCCCUUUCAGAAUGAAAGCUACUCUCCAAACAUGACCAUGAGUGUGUGAGCAUCGUUUUUUGAGGUCCUAAGGAGUCGACAAGGGAAUUAAGUUGUGCGAACGCGCUGUAGCCAGCCCUCUUUUACAAUCUGAAGAAAGUGGGUCCAAGUCCUCCUCUCCUCCCCCCUCCCCCUCCCUCUCCCUCCAUCAUUCUCUUUUGUAAUGUUGUUUCACUUCUUCAGCUACAGAGGACUGAGAGCUGAGCUCUAAAUAAACCACACAGAGGGAAGACUACGACAAGUUAACAAUGUUUAUAUUUGUAUCUUUUGUGUAUAUAUGUGGGUGUACAAUCAGAAGUUACAUGUGCAUGUGUAUACAAAUGGAAGUAUAUUACUUGAUCCGUGUAUGGACAGGGAAGAAAACACAACAGACAAACAAAAACUGUAUAUAUUGAGGUUGAACAUCCGUGGUAUGUCUCAUUUUCAACUAAAUAAUUUCUUAUUAUUCAAGAAUGUCUCCCCCUGAUGAUUUUUGUAUAUAUAAAAAAUUACGUGAAGUACAAAGGAAGGGCACAGCCAUUAAUUGACUGGGUACUGAAACAACUAAUGAGAGGUAAGCACUGAUUGCUGGAGAUGGCUGUGGUCAUAUUAUAAAUAUAGAUAAGAACAGAUCAUUAUACAAAAUGUUUCUGUGUAACAAACAACCCUUUGUAUUCGUACUAAACACUUCAGCAGCCAUCCCCUCUUGCUGUGGCAUAGGAUUGUGAGGAGUCAUGGUUGACCUCAAGGAACUCUAGUGAUAAUGCCCUGUCUGGCCUUGUGUGUUUCUGGCAAGCUGUUACCGAGAAACAGAAGGAUGAUUUAACAGCAUGUAUAAUUAUACAGAUAAUUGUAGCACCAUGUAUGUCUGCCUCAAAUUUGACAGACUUCUUGCCAGAGUGUUGUAAAACAUUUUGAAUAUUUGCAUUUAAAAGCAAACAUGGCUGAAGGGUUGGAGGUGAGAGUAACGGGAUCCAGGAGGCGAUGUUCAGAGAGAUGGUGAGGAGCUUGUUUCUCACGGGCCCACAUGAAACGAUAAAAAUGCUCCUCUCUACAUCUUACUCUUUUUUUCUUUAUUUAUAGUUGUUACCCGGAAAUACUGUGAUUUUCUUUCACUGCGAUUUUUUUUUUUAUCUGGGUUUGUUGCUUAAGUUGAACCAUAUUAUAAUCAUUGUUACCAUUGUUGCUAUUGAUAUUAUGAUACAUUUACUAAACAUUUUUACACAGCAAAGUGUAAUUUUAUAGCCUGGGAAUUCAACUUAUCUGUGUUUCUGUGAAUUAUUUAAAAAAUUAUACUGUACAAAUGAUGCAAUGUUUUUUAGUGUUAUUUGUAAUAACAUCUGCCUUUGUUAAUGUUACUUCUAUUGCCACACAACUAGUGUGUUAAUGUGUGUCAUUUUGUUUUUGUUUUGUUUAUUUUUUCCCCAAAAUGUUGCCUGAUAAUUAGGAAAAUAUUUCGUAGAUGUAAUUCAUGUCUCUUUUUCAUUUGAAUUUAAAUUGAAUUUUUUGAUGGUUCAUUUUAAUUUGUGAAGUGGUUAUUUUCUACCUUGUGUUGACUUUUGUAAAUACACUGGGAAGUUUUGAAUAUACUGUACUGAUAUAAAGCUUCUCAUCCCUGUUUAACAGA